AUGUCCAUGUUUGCGACUGUGAAUCACAGCCUGCACAGUUCGCGUCGAGCUAUUCUAAGCAAUUAUUUCUCCAAAAAGUCUAUCGCAAGCCUGGAGGAUAUGAUCCAGCGGAAGGUGCAAAAGCUCGUCAAACGGCUCAACACAGCCUGUGAUCAAGGGACAAUUGUGAAGCUGGAUGCUGCAUCUUCGGCUCUGACGGCGGACAUCAUCUCGGAGUAUGCGUAUGGUGUGAGCCUUGACUACUUGGACGAUGUGAAUUUCAACAACGAAGUUGCAGACUCCAUAUUGAGUCUUGCAUCUGUAGUUCAUGUGUUGAAGUUUUUUCCUUUCCUGUUGGAUUUUUCAAAGUACAUCCCAGAUGAGAUGCUCGAAAGGCUUUGGUCUCAUGCAGCCAACAUAUUGCGACUACAGAAACUGGUUCGUGCCCAAGCAGAUGUCGCACUCCAAAAUGAAGGUAAAGUGGAUGGUCAAGUUACAAUGUUCGGAGCUCUCUGUGACCCUUCCUUGCCUGCGCAAGAAAGGUCACUGGAUCGGUUGCAGGACGAAGGCUUUUCCUUGAUUGGUGGAGGCACGGAGACUACAACUGGAACAUUGAAGAUCAUCAUGUUCCACCUGCUCAAUGAGAAGGAAUUGUUUUUCAAGCUCCGCAAAGAGCUUGAGCAAUCCCCUUCUAGCACAUGGGCUGAACUUGAAAAACUGCCAUACAUGGUAGGCAAUACAACAAACGAUACGAAAAGGCAAGGCUAA